AUGGCAGAUUAUAAGUUGGAAGUGGGGACUAUUUUUACUGAUAGGGAAGAGUUUAAGGAUGCUAUUAGAAGAUAUGUUGUUCAUGCUGUGAGGGAUGUAAAAUUUAUCAAAAAGGAUAACCGUAGGGUUAGGGUGGCAUGCAUGGGUGGCCAAGGGAAGUGCCCAUGGCUAGCUUAUUGUGGUUAUUUGCCAUCAAGCAAAAUUUGGCAAUUGAGGAAGAUAAUUGAUACUCAUAGUUGUAGUAGACAACUUAAUAUUAAACUGAUGAAUGCUAAGUGGUUAAGUCAGGAAAUAGAUAGAUCUUUAGUUGACAAUCCUAAUUUAAAGGUGAAUGAUAUUUGUACUAAAGCAUUAAGAAAAUGGAAUACUAAUGUGUCAAUAUCCAAGGCAAGAAGGGCAAAGUUAAUUGUCACAAGACAGGUUGAAGGAGAUUUCAAAGAACAAUAUAAAAGGGUGUACGACUAUGGACAUGAGCUUUUGAGGUGUAACCCAAGGUCAAUUGUGCAGAUUAAAGUUGAUUCUCAUAAUGGUGACCCAAUCUUUCAAAGAAUGUAUGUUUGCUUGAAAGCUUGUAAAGAUAGUUUCAAAAGUUGUAGGCGCAUUAUAUGUUUAGAUGGAUGUUUCUUGAAAGGUUUUUACAAAUGGGAGUUGCUGACUGCUGUUGGUAGGGACCCAAAUGAACAAAUGCUACCCAUUGCCUAUGCAGUAGUAGAAGUGGAGAACAAAGACAGCUGA